CUCACUGUGCAAGGAGGAUUUAAACUGAUGCAGAACAAAAUAGUUCUACAGACAAAGUCAACACUGCUGAUAAUGGAUUACUGUACAGUGGUGACGAAAAUCCUGUUUAUCCUCACAGUUUAUAUCCAUCUAAUAUCAGCAGGCUCCCACUCUGUGCAGUACUUCUACACUGCAGUUACUCCAGGAAUAAACUUCCCAGAGUUCACUAUUGUUAGUCUGCUGGAUGGACAGCAGUUUGAAUACUUUGACAGUAACAUCAGGAAAGCGAUCUCAAAGACAGAGUGGAUGAAGAAGGUUGUUGCUGAUGAUCCAGAUUACUGGGACAAACAGACACAGAUUGCACAGGGAACUCAGGAGUCAUUUAAAGCUAAUGUGGCUACAGCAAUGCAGCGCUUCAACCAUACUGACGGGGUUCACACAAUGCAGGUGAUGUACGGCUGUGAGCUGCAUGAUGAUGGAACCAAGAGAGGAUACAUGCAGUUCGGUUAUGAUGGAGAAGACUUCAUCAGUCUGGAUCUGAACACUCUCACUUGGACCGCAGCUAAUCAGAAAGCUGUUAUUACCAAACAGAAGUGGGAGGGUCUGGGUGUAGCUGCUACAAAGAGGGCCUAUCUGGAGAAUGAAUGUAUUGAUUGGUUACAGAAGUAUGUGGGAUAUGGCAGAUCCACUGUGGAGAGGAAAGUCUCUCCUGAGGCGUCACUGUUCCAGAAGAACUCUUCUUCUCCAGUCGUGUGUCAUGCUACAGGUUUCUUCCCCAAAGCAGUGAUGAUCUCCUGGCAGAAGAAUGGAGAGGAUCUGCAUGAGGACGUGGAGCUCAGAGAGACGGUGCUCAACCAGGAUGGAACCUUCCAGAAGAGGAGCAUUCUGACUGUCUCACCUGAGGAGCUGAACAAACACAACUACACCUGCAUCAUUCAGCACAGCAGCCUGGAGAAGGAGAUGGUGCUGCAGGUGUCUGAUCAUAGAGAUCUGUUGGAUGGAGGAUCACUUGGUAUCAUCAUUGGUGUAGUCGUUGCUGUUCUCCUGCUUGUCCUCAUUGUCUGUGUUGGAGUUUUCAUGUGGAGGAAGAAGUCUGGUUUCAAACCUGUUUCGAGCAGCUCCAGUUCAGAUGCUGGUUCUGAACGAAGCUCCUCAUCAACCAGUUCCAGGACCGGAUCCGAUGAAAGCCUUAUUUCCUCCUGAAAAUCUGUUCCAGCUGAUUUUGUUUGUCAAAAAUAUCUACAGGGGAUUCAAUGGAGGUUUCAUAGUCUAGAAGUGAUUCAGUAAAAAAUACAGACUCCAUAAAAUACACUGCAGUCAUGCUAGCAGAUGAGACAGAGUCAACAUAGUCAAAUUUAUGCGCUGAGAUCAGUCUGUCAUGAGUGGAGGUCAGUCAGUGAGUGUGUCAGAGAUUUCAGUGCUCACAGGUUGAUACAGAUUGGAGGAACUUUAGAACGUUCUCCAACAUUUACACCAAAAAUCAGCUACUAUCUGCUUAGUGGUACCUUUCUAAUACGGCUAAUCUGUCUCCACAUGCCAGUAAAAUGUUCAAAAAUAAUUGAGAAACUUUGUUAAAAUACUUGAAAAAGUCAGGAAACAGGAAAGAAAGUAAGAUGAGCAGUGGCUUAUAUUAAGCUUUAUAGGGCUCAAGCAGUAAAAAAAAUAAAAUCAGACGAACAAGAUAAUAAAUACCUAAUUAAUAUCAGAGGGUAUAAACAUGUGGAGAAAUAAAUCCUAAACAGAUUCUAUUUUAUGUGCAAUAUUUUGACACUGGGUGUAGCUACAUAUACAGUAUAAGGAUACACAUUUUUUUGCUGUUUCUUUAUACAUAUUUUACAAUUAUUUUAAUGUUAAGUAUUUAAUCUUUCUGAGACAGAAUGUGGAAUCUUUUUUAAAAGGGUUUGAAUUUACUGCAUAUGUUGUUGAUUCUAAGAGGAAGUGUUUGAAAAAAGAGUUCAGGCGUCUUUACUUCUGACACUGACUGACUGUGUGUGACUACAACAUGUUCACUCUGAUGCCACUCAUACCAAGCUUACAGGUUUACAGUUACAUCAAUAACGUAACACAUCACUGUUGGAGAAAAACCUCAUAUCUCCAAAACAUUAACUUUACAGGAGAAGGAAAAACAUUCUUAGAACGAACGUUAAAUGUAUAUUUUCCAAGUAAUUUCAGAUCCAUUUAUCAUGUUUCCAAAUUGUGUACAGAAAAUGGAAACAAUACGGAUUGGAAUCACAUUUGCAACAACUUCUAAGAAGCAAAGCCCUUUUAUGCCUCCACUAGAAGUCAAAUCAGUAUGAGUGCUGUAUUUUUACUGUUCAUCGCACCAUUUUCUCUCAACCGGACACAGCAAAAUGUUUCUCCUUGUUUUCUGAUUGCCUCCUUGAUUCAGACAAUGCUGACAACAAAAUUUGAACAAAACAAAACUAAAUUUGGACUGUUUUUUUCAUUUUUUUAUGUGUUUUGUUUUUAAAAAGUAUAUAAAAACAGCAGAAAUCUGAAAAGGCCUAACUUUUCACCACCUGUAUAUUUCAUAAUCAUUAUCAGUGGUUAACAAACCUAGUUAACAUUAAUAAUGUAUCACUAAUGUAAUGGAUGUGGGAAAGCAAAGAUCAUCCAGUUCACUCUGCGUUACUGACUGUAGAUCAGCAAUGAGAGGAACAAGAGGAACAGUUAUGCUUGCAAUAUAACACUGCUAUUCAUUUGCAUGGCAUCAUGAGUCCCAUUCUAUACAAUUCAUACCACAAUGUUAAAGCUCUGAAAACAGUAGUGAGUUUGUGUAAGCUCUGUAAGUUAUGGAAAUAAGAUACACAUACAAAUCAAAUAAUUCAAUUAUUUUA